AGGAGCCCCCAGACCCAGAGGAGCCGCUGCCAUCGUGGGAAAAGCCGUCAUGGGCAACUGUGUCCCCGUGACCCCCGGCAUCCCGGAGACCCCGGGCUCCCUGCACCUGGAGGAAAUCAUGGACAACUUCUCCUUCUACGACAACUACGGCAACGAAACCCUCCUGGACUACGACGCCGCGCCCUGCCACAACCACUUCUGUCCCCUCUUCCAGCUCGUGGCUCCCCCUUUCCUGGCCGCCACCUCCGCGGUGGCCGCGGUGGCCAGCGGGUCCCUGCUGGUGGCCCUGGCGCGGUGUCCCCAGGCGUGGCGGUGGCCGCGGAGCCGGGCUCUGCUGGCACAGCUGGCGGUGGCCACCGCGCUGUUCGCAGCGCUGCUGCCGGCGCUGGCCGCGGCCGCCGUCCGGGGCUGGCACCUGGGGACGGCUCCUUGUCGCCUCACGCACCUCCUGUGGCACUGGAGCGUGUUCGCCCAGGCGCUGCUGGUGGCCAGCGGCUCCUGCGGCAGGGCCUGGGCUCGCUGGGAGCGGCGGAGUCGCCGCCUGGCCGCGGGGCUGUGGGUGGUAGCCCUGCUGCUCGCCACGCCGGCGGCUCUGGUCAGCGGAGCGGCCGCGGGGAGCGGCUGUGUCCGGCGGAACGUGGCCGUCCUGGCCCCGGUGUACCUGCUCCACCUGGCCCUGUGCCUGUGCCUGCUGCUGCUGCUGCCCGCGGGGCUGCUGCUGGCCGCGCUGGCCGUGCCGAGCCUCAGGGCGAGCUGGGCGACCGGAGCCGGUCUCACCUGGCUCUUCCUGGGGCUCUGGGCUCCGUACGCGGCGGGGCUGGCCGGGGAGUUCCUGCUGCAGGCCGGGCUGCUGGAGCCCACCUGCGGCUCCUUCCAGCACUUCGACCUGGCGCUGGGGCUGGGCGAGGGGCUGGGGGUGCUGCACUGCGGCCUCGGGCCCCUGGCGCUGCUGCUGGCCUGGGGCUGCCGCCGUGCUGAGGGCGCUGCUGGGGGCUGCUGAGAGCCGGGGGCUGCUGAGAGCCGGGGGAUGCUGAGAGCCGGGGGAUGCUGAGAGCCGGGGGAUGCUGGGGGCUGGGGGCUGCGGAG